AUGUGUCGUCCACCAGAAGAUCAAUCCGGCUCAGAACAACCAGUUCAAAGCUGGUGUGGGGCCACCCAGUUACACAAGCAUAAUCUCGCCACAGUGCCCGGCUUCAGAUCCGCAAGGCAGUUUGUUGAACAGUUCGCCCUACUUGCCGUUCCGUCCGCAGCACCGAGAACAUGGGUUGCGCAGAUUCCUGUCGUGGUUCACGUUGUCUACAAUACCCCGGCCCAGAAUAUCAGCCAGGCGCAGAUUGAAAGCCAAAUCGACGUGCUCAACAAGGACUUCAAUGCCGCAAACGCAGAUUUAAGCAAACUCCCGGCAGUCUGGGCACCGCUCGUGGGAAGUGUCAACAUCAACUUCUUCCUAGCGAAAAGGGACCCCCACGGCAACGCAACAAACGGCGUGACAAGAACGCAGACGACUAUCGCUUCAUUUGACCACAACUCUAAAAGCGAUCCACCAGACCAAAGGGUCAUGUCUGCAGCCCAAGGCGGUGCGGAUCCCUGGCCGACUGAUCGGUACCUCAACAUCUGGGUGUGCAAGCAAGGCGGCCUUGAGCCGCUUUUAGGCUAUGCCAACUUUCCUGGGACAAACGCGCUUGCCGUGGACGGCGUUGUGAUUAGUCACACGUCGUUUGGGACAACUGGGACGGCUGCUGCAGGAACUAAUCUAGGCCGUACCGGCACGCAUGAGGUCGGUCACUGGCUCAACCUUUUUCAUAUCUGGGGAGAUGAUGGCAUUGGAUGCUCCGGCUCGGAUUCAUGCAACGAUACUCCAAACCAAGCUGGGCCCAGUUCAGGCGUCCCGACCUUUCCAAAGCUCUCCUGCGGAAAUGGACCGAAUGGUGAUCUCUUCAUGAACCACAUGGACUACAGCGACCACUCCGUAAGGGUAAUGUUCACCAAGGGCCAGGUGGAGCGCAUAAACACAACCCUUGCCGGAACCCGGGCGUCUUUGUUCGGUUCGAAUUUCCGCCAGUUCCUUCUGCAGACCGGAACGGGGCUGCAUGAGACCGACAGUACCUUCCAAUUCAUCGUGACUGACUGGAACGGCGACGGGCAUCCCGACCUCGUAGCGAUCAAGAAAAGCGGAACUGGCUCGGGCACGACCGAGGUUCAUGUUCUCUCCGGAGCAUCGCAGUUCCAGUCGUUCAUUUUGCAUACAAGAACCGCCUUGCACGAAACUGGCGAUAGCUUUGAGUUCUUGAUGCCUGCACGGAAAGGAAAUCAACCCCCGGACCUGAUAGCGAUCAGCAAAAAUAACACGGGAUCGAAGACCACCGAAGUGCACAUACUCUCCGGAGCCAAGAAUUAUCAGGACUUCUCUCUGCACACGAAAACGGUGCUGCACGAAACAGACGGCACGUUUCAGUUCGCGCUCACCGAUUGGAAAGGCGACGGAAGCGUUGAUGUGGUGGCCAUUAAGAAGCGCAACACCGGCACGAAAAGCACCGAAGUCCACAUCCUCUCCGGCGCCUCAGGGUAUCAGAACUAUCUUGUCCAGACGGGGACAGCUUUGCACGAGACGGACGACAAUUUCGAGUUCAUGAUGACUGAUUGGAACGGAGACGGCCGACCGGACCUCCUGGUGGUCAAGAAAACCGAAACGGACACCAACUACACGGAAGUACAUGUCCUCUCGGGCCAGCUGCGCUUCGGAAAGUUUAUCCUGCAGUCUGGAACAAUCCUGCAUAAAACAGCGGAAAACUUUCAGUUUGCGGUGGCCGACUGGGAUAAGACUGGACGUGCAGAUCUCGUUGCCAUCAAGAAGCGGUAUACGGGGACCGGUACCACUGAGGUACAUAUAAUUGCCGGCUGA